CUGGUACAGAACUCUGCAUUUUGUUUGUAGGUUAUGUUUUAGUCGUCAAUUGUCAAAAUUAAAAUUGAGUGUUUUUUGUGGAAUAAUUUGGUUAAAAUGUGGAAGACCUUAUCGUUACCAAUAAUUUCCUUGUGAAUAGUUAAUGUAAUUUGAAUUAUCGAAUAUUUAGCAUAUAUCAUCAAUGGCCGCGUAACUAAUACUGUUUAACACUGUUUGACAUUGAGUCUUGAGAUGAGAUUGGAAUACAAUAGGCAAUACGCAUUUCCUCUUCUUCAAUUAUUAUUUCUCAUUGAGAUUUAAACAUAUAGUAUUCUUUACUAAACGUUUAACUUUACAAAAACUGUAUCCAGCAUAUCUUCAAUAUGACGAACCAAUUAUCUGUUCUAAAACUUUAUAAUGCUGUAGUGGAUGAUGUGAUAGCCGGAGUGCGAGACUGUUUUCUGGACGAUGGUGUAGAUGAAACGGUAUUACAAGAGUUAAAACAGUUAUGGAAAACUAAAUUAACAGCAAGUGGCGCAAUGGAUCCCCCCCAUCCCGAUCCACCAACGAUGCCUCCGCCACCUGUAUUACUACAGAAUUUUCCUAAAGCUAAUGGAGGCAGUAUAUUACCUAAAAGAGCUCCAGAUAUGGCAUCUCAAAGUUCAAGCCACUCCGGAGGUGAGCAUGGUGGUCCUACAAACAUAGCCGGUGCUCAUCCUCACCAUGGCAUUGACCCAAAUAAUAAAGUGCCAGUGCAAUUGACAUUACCUGCUCAGCCUGGUGUGCCUGGUUCACAGCCACGGUCAUUUACUAUUCAAAUUCCAGCAUCUGCCUUAAAUGGGAACAAACUUCACCAAGUUUUGACAGGCCCUAUAAUAAAUGCAACAAUUAGUUUGCCUCAACCCCUAGCUGCGACUCUUUUACAGCAACAUAUAAAUUCAACAUUAGCCGGUCAACAAAAUGAAUUUGAUGGAGGCGGGGGAGGUAGAAGUGGAGCGGCACCAUUUUCUCUUGACGGUGCAUUAGAUUCUUCUGAUGAUGAGGGUUCAAUAGUUGGCGAUGGUUCAGAAGAGGGUGCUGGUGACGAGGACGAAGAUGAGGAAUCUGCGGAAGAGAGAGCAGAGGAAGAAGAGGAGGAAAGAGAUGAAAGUGGUGGGGCAGAGGAGGAACCACUCAACUCGGGGGAUGAUGUGUCCGAUGAGGAACCAGGUGACAUGUUCGACACUGACAAUGUAGUGGUUUGUCAAUACGAUAAAAUCACACGCAGCCGUAACAAGUGGAAGUUCCAUUUAAAAGAUGGUAUAAUGAAUUUAUCGGGUAAAGAUUAUGUCUUUCAAAAAGCCAACGGUGAUGCGGAAUGGUGAGAUGUGAUUUGUACUUGUGUAUAAAGAGUGUAAUGUGGAAAUGAUUGCCAGGAAUUAGGUAAAUGCGGAUUUAAAGGCACAUUAACUUUGCCUGCAUACACAUACAUGUAAGAUUCAUUAAAAAAAUAUAACUGUUUAUUUAUGUAAAGUCUUUGGCAAGUAUUUUCGUAUUUUGAAUGUAACCAGUUUAUUCUGGUCGUGAUAAGUCUGUUGGUAAUUGCUCAUGAUAUCUGAAUUAAUCUGCCUGUAUUAGGCUAACCUUCAUGGACAAGCUAUUGUAUUUGGUGCAACCUUGUGGUGUAUGUGAAUUGAAUGUAUGAUGGUGUUGUGGUGUGUGAGCUAUGCUAGCUUCACCAGAAAUUAACAUUAAAUUCAGCCCUACCAACAAUUAAUGAGUUGAGCAUAAAAAAAAAAAAAUUUUGGUCUUCUGGUAAAGCUACCACAGCAUAAGGUAUAUAUAUUUUAUUUUCAGAAACAAAUAAACCUUAUAAUAUUCCAAAACUUUUUGUUGUAUCAGAAAUCAAUAUAACCAUGCUAUUUUCUUACAGGAAAAAAAUGUACAAUGUAUAAAAUAAAGCGUUUUUGUAUAUGGAUUUGUUCAAUCAUUUGUUUCUUAAUCAGAAUUGUUGUUCGUUUUCAAAUAAAGGUUCAAUGAUUUGAUUAUUGUUAUAUGAUAUUCGGUUUGUGUGAUUUUUAAAAACUUUAAAAAAAAUUGUCGUAUCAUAUUUUGAUUCCUAAGUGCACAAAAUAAUUUUUGUUUAAAUGUUCUCUACACACUAUUACUAAGAUUAAUUCAUUUUGUGAUAUAAUUAUGUUAAAAAAAACAAAUGCCAAUAUAAAUAGCAGAAAACUGCACAUAAUAUCAAAGCAGUUCUUUAGUUAUUACUUUGAUGAUGUAAGUCGCUUACGAUCCCUUAUGUGAUGAAGUUUGAGAAUGGUAAUUUUAAUAAAAUAUGUUGCAUUAAAA